GGCGGACGUCCCAUUGACAGACGGCACAUGCACAGACUGGAGAUCCGGGAGCGCAGCACCUGAACAGGAGCGGCCGACAGCAGCACACACCCAUCGGCUUCAGGUGGAGGUGAAGAACCGCUGGAGGGACGCAGGAGAAACACUCAUAAAUUAGAACCGAGAUGGCUUUAGCCAAAGAUCCAGGGGUGGUCCAGGAGCAGAGAGACGCCGCCGACCAGAACUUCGACUACAUGUUCAAGCUGCUGAUUAUCGGCAACAGCAGCGUGGGAAAGACCUCCUUCUUGUUCCGCUACGCAGAUGACUCAUUCACUUCAGCGUUUGUCAGCACAGUGGGCAUCGACUUCAAAGUGAAAACCAUCUACAGGAAUGAAAAGAGGGUCAAACUACAGAUCUGGGACACAGCGGGGCAGGAGCGCUACCGGACCAUCACCACAGCCUACUACAGAGGAGCCAUGGGGUUCCUGCUCAUGUAUGAUAUCACAAGCCAGGAGUCGUUCUGCGCUGUUCAGGACUGGGCGACCCAAAUCAAGACUUACUCAUGGGACAACGCUCAGGUGGUGCUGGUUGGCAACAAGCUGGACCUGGAGGACGACAGGCAGGUCCCAACCGCAGAUGCCCAAAAACUGGCCACAGAGCUCGGCUUCCAGUUCUUCGAGGCCAGCGCCAAAGACAACAUCAACGUGAAGCAGGUCUUUGACAAACUGGUCGACGUCAUCUGUGAGAAGAUGAACGAGACCGUCAAUGGAGAUGCCAGCCCGGCAACCAAUCAGAAGGGAGAUAGCCUUAAAGAGUCGCCCAACAAAAGACAGGGCGGCUGCGCAUGCUGAUGGAUGAUCAUGGAAAUUCAUAAGAAGGUUUCAUAGCGAACACACUCAUACAGAUUACCCGAAUAGCCAAAAAUCUGUCUUUAUCAUGUCACUGGAACACUAUCAUGAGUGCUUGGCUUGCUUAUUUUCACUUAAUCUUUUCUCAACUCAGUGGCGUUUCGAGCACUUUCUCAUCAUUUCAACGUGACCCGAGAUGCCAAAGAGCUGCACUGAGCAGCUGUGCCUUUUGCACGACACGUGUGCUACCUUUAUACUGUGUAGUGAGUGAACAGCACCUGUUGCAGGUGAGGAUGUGAAUGAAAGGCAAGCGCCACAUGAGCGGGGAUUCACUCUGAUUUACUUGUGUCAUGCUACCCCCUUGUGGGUGUUUCAUGAAAAUGCGUCACUGUGACAACUUCCUCCAUGCCUAUCCCUUGAAUUAACCCCAUGUAACCCCGCUGAGGAGGAAGACUCGUUAAAUGUUCAGUGCAAAGUCAAACAUACCUGGACAUUGAGGUCACACCUGAAGGUGCUGUCAUUCCUGGUGUAUGUACGUCAUUCACUAUUAUGGAUAUCCUCAUUCCCAUUUAAUUUAUUUGUCUUUCUUCUUGUACAUUUAAUGAUUAAUGUUACUUCAAUAUUUCAUUUGCCAGAUUCACUGUGUCCCUCUUAAAAUUGAGAUUAAAAGAUUUGAAUCUA